CCGAGCCUGAGCCCGCCGGACGGGAGGCGGCCCAGCCGCGGGCUCGGCCUGGGCCCCAGCCCCGUCAGCAUGGCCGGCCGGACCGUGCGGGCCGAGACCCGGAGCCGGGCCAAGGAUGACAUCAAGAAGGUGAUGGCGACCAUCGAGAAGGUCCGGAGAUGGGAGAAGCGCUGGGUGACUGUGGGUGACACUUCCCUUCGUAUCUUCAAGUGGGUGCCAGUGGUGGACCCCCAGGAGGAGGAGCGCCGGAGGGCAGGUGGAGGGGCAGAGAGAUCCCGAGGCCGGGAGCGGAGGGGCAGGGGCGCCAGUCCCCGAGGGGGCGGCCCUCUCAUCCUGCUGGAUCUCAAUGAUGAGAACAGUAACCAGAGUUUCCAUUCGGAAGGCUCCCUGCAGAAGGGCACUGAGCCCAGCCCUGGGGGCACCCCCCAGCCCAGCCGCCCUGUGUCACCUGCUGGACCACCGGAAGGGGUCCCAGAGGAUGCUCAGCCCCCACAGCUGGGCCAGGAGAGAGAUCCUGGGGGCGUACCUGCGGGCAGCACGGAUGAACCCCCCAUGUUGACCAAGGAGGAGCCUGUUCCAGAAUUGUUGGAGGCUGAGGAUUCGGGAGUGAGGGUGACCAGGAGAGCCCUUCACGAGAAAGGCCUGAAAACAGAGCCUCUCAGGCGGCUUCUUCCCAGAAGAGGCCUCCGGACAAACGCCCGGCCCAGUUCCGCGGGGCCGCCGCCGCCGGAGCCCAGAGCUCCCGGGGGAGGAAGCAAGGCCCCGAGGGCACCCCGGACGAUCCCCCAAGGGAAGGGGAGGUGAGCCGGCUCCCCAGGCAAGGCGAGGCCCUGAGGCUUCCCUUGGCUGCCCCAAGAUCCAGCCACCCACCCGCUCCCCCCGAGGGCGCAGAGAGCUUCCCAGCUCCACGGCCACCGUGGGAUCAUCAGGGGCGCGCGGCCCCAGCCUGCCCCGAACCUAAGGUCACAGCACUCGUCUGGCUCACCACCGACACCCGCACAGAGCAGGAUCGACAGCCCCCCAAGUGAGGGAAAGGCUCCAGGCACAAUCUGACCCCGUUGAGCGCCGGAGGACGCAUCGCAGCCGGAGUGAGGGCGGGGCGCCGGGCCUCCACCCCGGGAAGGGCAGCCCGGGACGCGCCCCCUCUGCUCCUGGAGACCACAUGCCCUCCCCACUCCCUCCCUCCGGCCUCCCCGGAGGCCAGGCUAGCGGGUGGGUUCAUCCAGCGCCCGAAGACCUGCAGCAAGACCUCCCCACGGGGCCAGCCUCCCCGCAGGAAACCGACCUGGGCGGGCGGGGAGCGCCCAAAGCUUCUGGCACAGCCCCAGCGGACCGGAAAAUCCCCACCUGGAGAAGGCCCGGGGCGAGGGAGCCUGGCUGCACUGCUGGCCCUGUCCUAGGAAAUGUCGACAUCUCCAGUUGAUUGAGGGCUUACCCCGUGCCAGGCCUUGUGAUUUAUGGGAAUGAUCUCAUUCAAUCCUCACCACAUCCCUGGGCCAUUGGUGUUCUCAUUAUCAGCAUUUUACAGAAGAAGAAACUAAGUCUCAGAGAGGUUAAGGCACCAGCUCAAAGUCACACAGCCAGAAUGUGGCCGAACCAGCAUUCAGACCCAGGUCUGCCUGCCUGACCCCACAGCCCGCCCAAGGGCACCGCUUCUCCUGUUGGCACAUGAGUGAGGGGCACUGGUCUGACAGGACAUCUGCUUGUGAAGCAUCCAUUUUUCUCCUGGUGAUUAUAUAAAACACUUUUUAUACUAAAGUGAGCAGAUACUCACUGGAAUGCAAGUGAACAUUUGCACCAGCAAUUGAGAUGCAACUUGUGACAUCAUAGGAAUUUUAUGCCAAGUCCAACGCUUCAAGCUCAGCCCCUGGCUACCUGAGGUGCCCUCUUCUCAGACCUCUGCCUUUGGAGGGAUGGUGACCAGGGAAGCUCUGCCCUGGACCAGCUCCUGGAUGGAACCCUCCUGGAGGCCAAGGAAGAUGGCCUUUCCCCAGUUUUCCAUCCCAUUGAGUUGCUUAAGGAUGUUCAUUCAGUUUCUCUGGCCUAAUUUCCAAAUUCCUGACAGAUAUCAAUCUAGGAUUGGGGAUUGGAAACCUGGAAAUCUUAGGAACUCCUGAAAUCAUAUUAUUCUGUAUAUUUCCUAACUUUCUAUAUCUUUUUAUA